UCAGGAUCACGCACAUGUAAAAGAUGAAGCCCACAUUUUUCUUCUUUUUCAUCAUUUGGUUUACAGAAACAGAGCUAAAACCCCGGAAAGGGCCCGGGGUGGUAUGUACUUUUAAAGACAAGACAUACAGUCCAGGAGACAGCUGGCAUCCCUAUCUGGAGCCCUUCGGAUUCAUGUUCUGCAUGCGCUGUGUCUGCUCAGAGACAGGUCAUGUGAAAUGUAAAACAAUCAAGUGUCCAGCGCUGCCAUGUGAAAACCCAGUAGCUGAGCCUCGGCAGUGUUGUCCAAGAUGCACAGGUGAGCCCAGGAUCCCUGCAGGGCUGAGAGCUUCAGUGAAGACCUGCAGGCAUAAUGGAAGUAUCUAUCAGCCAGGGGAGACCUUCACUAAGCUCGACCUCUUCCCAUCCAAGCAAAGCAAUCAGUGUGUCAUGUGCACAUGCUCUAAUGGAAACAUCUUCUGCGGUCUGAAAACAUGCCAACCAAUCACCUGUUCCUCACCAGUCUCAGUCCAAGAUACCUGCUGUUUGGUGUGUAAAGAUCAUGGCACCAGUGGGUCCUCAUCAACUGAGGAAGGAAACCAGCAACUGAACAGAGGCGUGAGGCAUUCAGUGGAUCAGUGCUCUGGAGAGCAGAGCAGCGCACGGUUCGACCAUGCCACUCCUUUCAGGGUCAGGAAUUCUCCUCGAGGCCUGAGCCUCAGUAAACUUAACCUCAAAGGGGCUUCAGAGACCACCGUGAAGAUUUUGCUGCAGAUGAAACACCAAAGAGCUUGUUUGUACAAUGGCAAGACGUACUCACAUGGAGACAUGUGGCACCCAGUUUUGGGGAAGGUCCUGGAAUGCAUCCUGUGCACUUGUACUGAUGGCCUCCAGGACUGCAAACGCAUCACGUGUCCCAAACAGUACCCAUGCCAACAUCCUAUCAAAUCAGCGGGAAAGUGCUGCAAGACUUGUCCAGAAAGUAGAGCUGGAAGUAACCAGACCCAGUGUUACCUCGGAUAUAAGAAUAGCCUCUUGGUGUAUAAAGUAGACUCAUCUUUGAAAGUGGAUCCACCCAAUACAGUUAGGAUCAUUGCUGUUGAAAGACAAAGUACUGCUGAGGUUGAAGUGCAAGUAUGGAAGACAGUAGAAGGUGUCUUACAAUUAAUGGAAAUUGGUGACGUUCUAAGAAAAGAUAUUGUGGAUCAUCCAGAAAAUUACACAUUACUGACAACACUUGAUGAAGAAACCUGGAAAAAAUUUAAAGAGGCGGGAACAAAUCUGAGUACAGCUCCUCAGACCACAAUAUGUGAAGGCGGCAUUCGGGAGAUGGUGACUUUCCUAAAUCCCAAGCAGAUAGAAGGCGUGUGUUCACCCUGAUUGUUUUUCCUCCCUUGACACUUUUUACAUCAAUAUUCCUGAUAACUACAUGGUUAACAUACAGUAAAUACCUUAUUCAUACAUGUCCUGCAUCAUUCCUGUAAUACAAGUGGAAUUUCUCAUUUAUAAUAUUGUUUAUUGAUUGAUACGUUGUUGUCCAUCAUGUUUUUAAUCAUCACAUAUUUUGAUAUGUUAAUUAUUAAGUUACAAAACACAGCGUUUGCUAUCUGACAUGGUCAUAAACAUGCAGAUAGUUCUGCCUCCUGUUAUGAUUCAAACACUGUUGGAUUGGGUGGUUGUAGGUGCAUUUAGAUGGCGGAGUAUAGAGAUCAGAGCUGGAGACAGCCUCAGUGUCCAGUUAAGAGUUAAGGGUUGAAACUUUGAUGACUCAGUGAUGAUAUUGAAUAAUUGAGGACAUUUUGCAAUCAGUAUUUCUCAUACAAACCCUUUGCUUUAACCAUAUGAAAAUAAUCUGUAUUUUAGAAUAUGUUGGACAAAGGGUUACAGUUUGUUAAUGUUGUUAUAUGAUCAUCGACAUAUUUAUUGUAAAUUCAAACUAAGGGUGUCACCUUAUUUAAAACGUAUUGUUGUUGUAUGAUUUCUGUGUACAUGCAUUUGACUGUCUGAAUGUUGUUGUUUUGUUGCAUGAAGUAGAAAGAGGCAUUGCAUUGGGGUUCAAUCUGCCAGCGAGUACACAGCUGUGUAUUUGUUAGUGAGAAAACAACCUUCUUAAUUCUGUCUGAUGUAUUUGUUUUGUUAAUUUAGCCUUAUGACGUUCUACAGCUAUACGCAUACCAGAAAUAUUUGUAUUUUAAAGUGGUGAGUGUAGCUGAAUGUACUCUGUACCUCUGCUCACAAUUUUAACCCAUAAAGUUUUCUCAGUGUUUUAAACCA